CGCCGCGGCGGCGCAGCAGUCAAAGCUAAGAUUUUUUUUACUGCUGAAAUAAUUAAUUAAAAAUAGCUUUUGCAAAUUAUGUUAUUUAUAAUUGUUAUAGUUUGUAAAAUGUUCUGUGUAUAAUUCGAUUAAGCAAAUAGUGAAGAAGCAGAAAAGCCCAAUUCUCCCUGCAGUGAAAAGUUACAUGGAUGGGAAGGAAUGCAACCCUCUAAAGCCAAAACAUUACAUGUCAAUAUGUGUAGGCAGAUUUUAAGUGAAGCAUUUCAUUAUUUAAUAAAACCAUUUGAAGCAUUGCAAUGGGUGUGACAUAACCAAUAGAUGAAAAAACGCGUGAAAAAAUGAGUGAUACCUUGCCAGGCAAGGGAUGUCUUCCCAAAGUCUCCAAUACUUGGAGAUCAAUGUUUGGUUCCUUUACCUCAACCAAUAGGGUGCAUCCAUCUGAUCCAGUGCCCCCUAAAGAUAGUGAAUUUAUUCUCAUUGAUUCCAAAAUUCAAAUUCGAGCAGUCCAUUUAGUUCCAGAAAGAGCGAGGAAAUCAUUAUUAGUUAAUCAAGAUAUUUCAAAAAGAGGUUCAGUUUCUGAAGAAUAUUGGUUUAUGAGGAGCAAACCUUUAAGGAAUAUUAGUUGUAAUUGUUCAUUUAGGAAUUCUAUGAGAAAAUCUUUUGGAAACUCGAAUAUUUCAGUCAGAUCUUCUAAUCAAAGAGAGUAUAAUAUUAAAAGUGAGAGAUUGGAACCGAUAUGUUCAAAUGGUACAGAGGCAAAGGAAAAUAAAGUAGAACAAUUUGUUGAUCAGCUAAUUAAACAAACCCUAAAUGACGUAAUAAAUGAAUGCAUCAAAAAAACUGUUACAGGUGGAAUUGACAAUCCUGCCUAUGAAAGAACAGAAGAUACUGUUAUAACUUUGAGAAAAAAACAUGUUAUAGGAAAGUCAAAUGAGGUGCUACAAAAUUCUAGUCCGUCCAAUUUAAAAAAUUGCGUUCAUGAAAAGAAGAAACCUUUGAUCAUGUUGAUUCAUGGUUUGGGAAGCACAGCUGACAUGUGGAAUGUAUUGAUGCAUAACCUCUCCUUCAAAGGAUUUGAAGUUGUAGCUCCAGAUUUGCUUGGACAUGGAUUCAGUUCAGCUCCAAACAAAGCUAGUGUUUAUCAGUUCAAAAAUUUAUUAAAUCAAACUUUGGCUGUGUUCGAUUAUUUUAUGAAAAAAGAGGAUAAAAGGAAAUGUAUACUUAUUGGACAUUCAUAUGGAUGCAGUUUAAUAACAGCUUUAUACCCAAACAGAGCAACAAAAAUUGCUCAGCUAGUACUAAUAAGUGGCGGAGGUCCUACACCAUUAGCCCCACCUGCUGAUACGAAUGAUAUUUCACCAUAUGGAUGGGCUCAUAAUCUAUGUUACCCUUUUAUGUACUGCGGAUUAAAAAGGAGCUUUUUUUAUUCAUCCAGAGGCAAAAAUUUCAAGUUUUGUGAAGAUCAAUCGACAGUACCGCCUCUUUUGAAAAAAUUUUUGAUUCAGGGUCAAUAUUGGCCCGAGGGAGAUGCAUCUUACCAUAGACGAAUUUUGGUACCUACUUUAUUGGUUCAUGGUUUGAAAGAUAAAUAUGUCACUUUGGUUCAAGAAUGUGAAAUGGAACGGACAAUACCAAGAUCAUUUCUGGAAUUAUUACCUGAUGCAGGUCAUAUGUCAAUGUUGGAGACCCCAGAACAUCUUUCACAUAUGGUAACUUGUUUUUUAGAAAUGUGGACUUGAUUUUAUCAAAAUUUUAACUGGUGUGAAGUUAGCACGCGGCUCGAGCACGCCAAAGUGUAAAGUUAGAAAGAUGGCGUUUUACGUUUAAAUUUGGAAGGAUGCUUGUGAAGGGAUGCUUUAUUAUCCUCAAAAGGAUAAUUCCUUGCCAGCCGUCGAACUUAGGAAAAUCAUCGCUUGUAUGAAAAAAUAUUGAAAAGUUCAUAUUUUCUUAUUUUUUCUUCAGUCACCUAGAUGGUGUUUCACGUUCAAGUUUGGAAGGCUGCUUGUUCGUGGGAUUCUUUAUCAUCCCUUAAAAGGAAAAUUCCUUGCCAGCCGUCAAACUUCGAAAAAUCAUCUCUUGUAUGAAAAAAUAUUGAAAAUUUCAUAUUUUCUUAUCUUUUCAUCAGACACCUAGAUGGUAUUUCACGUUCAAAUUUGGAGGGAUGCUUGUUCAAGGGAUGCCUCAUCAUCUCUCCAAAGGAAAAUUCCUUGCCAGCCGUCGAACAUAGAAAAAUCAUCCCUUCAAUGAAAAAUGAAUUAAGAAUGUGUGGAUAUUUGCCCGAGCAACCCAUACACGAUUCGAGACUCGCCGAAUACCGCAUGUCUGUGCCCGCCUUAACACUGAAGACACAUUCUUAAUUCAUUUUCCAUCAUUUUUCAUUGAAGGGAUGAUUUUUCCAUGUUCGACGGCUGGCAAGGAAUUUUCCUUUAGAGGGAUUCCUUGAACAAGCAUCCCUCCAAAGUUGAACGUGAAACACCAUCUAGGUGUCUAAAGAAAAAAUAAGAAAAUAUGAAAUUUUCAGUAUUUUUUCACACAAGCCACGAUUUGUCUAAGUUCGACGACUGGCAAGGAAUUUUCCUUUUGAGGGAUGAUGAGGAAUCCCUUGAACAAGCAUACCUUCAAAUUUGAACGUGAAACACCAUCUAGGUGUCUAAAGAAAAAAUAAGAAAAUAUGAAAUUUUCAGUAUUUUUUCACACAAGCCACGAUUUGUCUAAGUUCGACGACUGGCAAGGAAUUUUCCUUUUGAGGGGUGAUGAGGGAUCCCUUGAACCAGCAUCCCUUCAAAUUUGUAUGUGAAGAAAAAAUAAGAAAAUAUGAAAUUUUCAAUAUUUUUUCAUACAAGCAAUGAUUUUCCUAAGUUCGACGGCUGGCAAGGAUUUUUCCUUUUGUUGGAUGAUAAAGCAUCCCUUGAACAAGCAUCCUUCCAAAUUUGAACGUGAAACACCAUCUUACGUGAAUGAAAAAAAAAAAAAAAUUGCGGCGUGCUAGAAUGGCUUGCCAACUUCACACUUUGGCAUGCCUGAGCGGCGUGAUAACUUUACUUUUUGGCGUGCUCGAGCGGCGUGCUAACUUUUCACACUUUGGCGUGCUUACUUUACUCUUUGGCGUGCUCGAGCAGCGUGCUAACUUCACACCGGUAAAAUUUUAAUGAAAGAAAAAUGAUAUUAUUUUUUAUUGGAUCAAAGCCAGGUGAUAAUUAUUUUUUUAUAAUAUAUUUUUUACUCGAUUUUUUACCAAACCUUGAUGGAAUUUCUAUUGUAUUUUUGAUAAAAUUUAUAUUAUGUAAGUAGAUAUUAUUGAUAUGCUGCAGAUAAAUGUUAUUUAAUAAUGGAUUCUUAUUUUGAUAUUUGAAUAGACUGGUUAUUAUAAAUAUAAAUUUAUUAGGUUUUAAUUUAGCACCCUAUACCAGGUGCACCUAAAAUGAUUCACCCAAACACUUAAAUGUACAGAUGUCAGAGACAAAAAUUCAAGUGACAAGAAAAAGAUAAGUGGAAAAAGCUGAAAAACAACAAGUUUUUGAGAGAGAAAAUACAAUCUAGGGCCAUAGUUCUGUUGGCCCUCCAGGCUUGUGUUUUUGUCUCUGGCAACUCACGGAACUAGACAUCCUAACAUGGGCUCUUCCGGUUCUCCUGGGCUGGUUCUUUGAUCUAGACCUCGGUUUGUGUUGUUUUGAAUGACACACCCAGUAUAGUGUCAAAAUAAAACUCUCAAUUUUUAUUCCUGCAGUUGGUUAUAUCAAGACUGAAAUUAAGACAGAAAGUAUUUAUGUUGUGACCCUUUUUGCUGAGGAAAAUGUGUGCAAAUAGAGAUAAAGAUGAAACUUUGCGAUUACUUAAAAGCUUAUGGAUUCCGAUUAGCAAAUCUUCUGGGCAACUAUGCUGAAAUGAUUUGUCAUCUGAAUCAAUCAAAAUUAUCAAAUAUAGCUAGAAUAUUAGUUAGACAAUGCCAUUGUUUGAUUUUCAAGUGUGAUCUUUUGUUUAGUGAUUGAAUCAGCCACGUUUCUGAUUCGACAACCUCUUCGCUCCUCAAAGUCAUGCAUUAUUCUCCUUCAUUUAUUGCAGUUCAAGGUCUAAGUUUCUAGUUCCAUGUUCAGUCUAUCUAUCAUACUUCGUUUUGAAGACACGAUAUUUGGUCGUUUUUUUAUACUUCCAUGCGUCAAGCUCAGAUUUAUAUUUAUUUUGGAAAUCAAAUAUUUCUGGGAUUAAAAUACCCAGCUCAUUAGAAGUUACCCAGUUGCUUUUUUCGGGAUUCUUUGAUUAUCCAGAAUAAAAAUAUUAUGCAGCCUUUUGAGAAUCACAAUCAAAAUAGGAAACUUUGGGGACGAGGUUGAAUCUGCCUAAUGUUGAACAGGAAAUGAGAUAAUUAUGUUCGCACAUUUUUUCAUAUUAUAUAUAAGGUACUUCUUCAUAUUUACAUAAGUACAAUAUUUUUGACUCCUUGAUUUAUACAUAAAACUUCUGUAUGAUCAAAGUUAAAUUUUUAUUUUUUGAUUGACUGGAUAUGAUGCUUUUUGAUCCCUAGCAACUGGGUUAUCGAUAUUUAAUGAUAGAUAAGGUUUUUUUUUAUUAUAGUUUUUAUCCAUGUAUGUGGGUGUCCAGAAAUAUAUGCAACGGAUUCUUAAAGAAAAAUUAGUUGACUCGUAUUUUCAUACAGCUUCUUGAAAAUCGCCUUUGAUUGAAUGGACUAUCUAACAGGAUAUUGAUUAAGGGUUAGGAAAUUGAAAUAUGCAACCAAAGUUUUGUGCUUUCGACGACAUGGGGGGGGUCAACGAAAUAGUGUCUUAAGCGGGAUCCUUCGGCUGAAACCUAGCAUUAUACCAUUCCACCUGUCAUGAAGCCCCUGUGUACCAAACUUAGUUAUUCUGGUACUGAGAAACGAAAAAAAUAAUACUAUUCUUGAAGGCGAGUUUCAGGAAAAUAAAACUGCCAUAAGAGGGACCACUUGUCAAAAAUUGAACAUAUUGGUCAUAUUUGGCCACAGAUACCUAUCUGUGGCCAAAUUUUGUUGCAUUUAUUUCCGGACACCCUGUAGGUAUACAUAUUUGUGGCUGGUGUCUUAGGUUUCCAUUUUUUAUAACAUGUGUCUUAUUGGGAGAAAUAAUUUAUCAAACACAAUGUUGACAUUAGUUUUACGCUAAAUAUAUGUUUAAUUUUAUUGUGUAUCGUUUGCGAUAUGUAUAUUAUUGUAUUAUUAUCAGUGAAUUUCACAAAAUUAUUUAUAGGUAUGUAUAUAUAUAUGAAUGUUGUUAUUUUCUUUUAAGUGUUUCUAUAAAUAUUAUUUUGCCAUAAUCUGCACAAAAUCCCUUCUAACAGUACUGCCUGUAUUAUUUCAAAUAAAAUUUGAUAAGAGUAGGAAAUUUAUAUCAGUUAACCUGGUGUCACAAAAAAAUCAUAGAACCACGGAUUUAUUAUUACUUUUUGUUGUAUACCUACCGAUUUCAUAGUUUUUUAUGAAAUGUGUUAUAUUUAAUAAUUAUUUAUACUAUUUUAACCAUUACCAGACAAUAAUAAUUAAGUGCUUAUGUGUUAAUUUGUUGCCGAGUUGUUUGGUAUUUACCUUAUAAUUCUCGCUAUAGUAAUUGUGUCAGGUGUCAGAGAAAUAUAAGAGGUGCAUAAAAUGUGAAAAUUUAGCUUUUACUAUCAAUAAUUUUACACAUAUGGCUAAAUAAGUGUGAUACUUUGUAAAAAGACUCCGUCCUUUUUUUAAUUGUUAGGAUUUGGAAAAUAAACUAAGAAUAAUUGAAACCAAAAUUUUUUUAUUUGUCUUCAAAAGAUUCAUUACUAGGUUCUGGCAUAAUACAAAAAUUACUAAGAAAAAAGACUGAGAUUA